UGCAUACGGAAGUUUCAAAACAUUGGCGACAGAGUAUGAAGCUAAGCUCAUUCAUUAUAACAACAUAGUUUUCCAUUUGAUAUCGAAGGUUAAAUGAAACACAAAUUUCUGCUGAAAAGUAAGUCCAUAUUCACUACCAGACCAGGUGGCUGUCGGUCAGAAAUUCUGCCCCUUAUACCAGAAUCCUUACUGUUGCGCAUUUCAUUUACUCGUUGACAAGAGAAGACUAGUGUCGGUCUUCUCCUGUUAAAGUGCCCAUCUAUAAUUCUUGAAGAAAAAUGAGUGCUGCUUCAGUUCGUUUCCUAAAAUCUAAGAUGAGUACCGUUCAACUCUUUGCUUCUUACAAUUUGCAAAUGAUGUUUCCAAUUAUCAGCAGUCUCAUGAUCUCAACCAUGAUUCAAUCCUCUUAUUGCAUUAGCAAUGAAUCCUCCUGUGACGGAUUGUUCUAUAACUGUGGAAACCUACAGGGCAUAGCUCAUCCUUUCUGGGGGGGAAAUCGACCUGAAUCAUGUGGGAUCCGUCAUUUUCAGCUGCAAUGUGUAGAAGAACAGCAAACCCUGAUUCUUUUUGAUGAUAUACAAAAGUUCAGGCUCCUAAACAUCGAUCAGCCUGCUGGAAGUAUGACUCUUGCACGCACCGAUAUCUGCGACAAUGCAUGUCCACAGGGAUACACAAACAUUUCUUUGCCAACAGACGGUUUUCUCAAGUACAAGGAGCAAACUGUUAGCAAUCUCACAAUUUACUACGGUUGCAGCUUGGAUCUUACAUCACUUGGCUGGGAUAGCAGUUCGAAUCAGCGCAGUACAACACAACUGACAACUUUCACAGUUGCUGCUAUCAGCAGAUCACGAACUCGAUAGCAAGCAGAGUUUGUUUUGCCGAUUUUCAUCCACAUAGCCAAGGGUGUAGUUCUCUUGCCGUAGUUCCAGUUCUUAAGGAAGCUUCUGACGAACUCUGGGCCUCGAAAGACCUACUGUCAGCUGCAGAAGCUCUAUUGCAAGAAACUAUCAAUCAAGGUUUUGAUGUUGAGUACAGGGAAUUAGUAACUGCCUGCUUAGGUUGUGUGGCUUCUGGAGGAAACUGUGGAUCUAACAAAGAUCGACAAGUUAAUUGCUACUGUCAAGAUCAAAUCCACCCAACAAUAUGUCCAAAUUCACCUGUAUAUUAUGGUUUUUCUACCUUCUUUACGGUCAA